CAGAAGUUCUUCCGUGUUGGCGGGCGCGCCCCCAGUUGUGGGUGAAGUUUCUGUGUUUGUCCACCUCCCCGCACAGUUUUCACCUCCUCUCGUGGGCUCUUUGUUCCAAAGGUUCAAGUGCACCGAGCCAAAAAAUUAAUUCACGCCGCCUGGCAGGAUCAAUAAUUCACUUCCGACAUCCAGUCAGGGCUUUCUUCAGCACUCCUUGGAAUUUUCACGGACUUCUCCGGCCACUGUGGACAAGCGAUGGAGCCAGAGCGACGAAACACCGCCACGGAGUUCAGCUAUAUUCUCCACAGGCAGGGCUCUGAUGACUCAGUGGAAGCGCACGCUUUUGAUGACAUCAAAUCCCUGAUAAAGAACGAUGCUGCCGCCAAGACGGACUCGUUGUCGUCCCUGCCGCAGGCGGCCUUCAACUACAUCAACUCAAUUGUGGGGAGCGGCGUCAUUGGCAUUCCUUACGCCUUCCACAAGGCGGGCUUCGGACUGGGGAUGCUUCUGCUCAUCCUCGUGGCCUACGUCACGGACUACUCCCUCAUUCUCAUGGUGCGCUGUGGGCACAUCUGCGGUCGUUUCAGCUACCCGGGCGUAAUGGAGGCGGCGUAUGGAAAGUGGGGCUACUACCUUCUGUCCGGCCUGCAAUUCACUUACCCUUUUCUGGCCAUGAUCUCCUAUAACGUGGUCGUGGGAGACACACUGAGCAAGGUUCUGGUGCGCCUAAUGCCCUCCUGGGGCUCCUCCAUGGGCGCCGUCCGAGCCGCCGUGGUAUUCGUAGUGACCAUCAGCGUGAUUGUCCCACUCUGUCUCUACAAGAACGUGUCACGCCUGGCCAGAGCCAGCUUCCUGAGCCUCGUGUGUGUGGUCUUCAUACUCUUCGCUGUCCUCUGCAAGCUCAUUUCCGGCGAAUACAAUGUUGUGCCAGACACGCAAAAUUCCUGGGAAUUCGCCAAUUCUGACAUCAUCCCAGCCACAGGCGUCAUGGCGUUCGCUUUCAUGUGCCACCACAAUACCUUCAUCGUCUACCAAUCCAUGAGGAAUGCCAGUCUGGAGCGCUGGGAGAAAGUCACCCACAUUUCUCUGAUUUUCGCCUGGAGUGUUGCUGCGCUGUUCGGCAUCGCGGGAUACGCUAUGUUCCGCAGCCUGUCACAAGGUGACCUCUUGGAGAACUUCUGCUGGACAGAUGAUCUGAUGAACUUCUGUCGGGUGUUGUUCUCCUUUUCCAUUUUGCUGACUUUCCCGUUCGAGUGUUUCGUCUCACGAGAGAUCGUGAAGACGCAACUACAGAGAUUCGUCUCAUCCGAGCUGCCCGCACUGGACAAGGAGAAGGAUCCCUCGCAACAGACAGAGGACAAUGACAGACACACCGUCAUCAUUACCCUCGGCAUCCUCGCCCUGGCCUUCAUCAUCUCUCCCAUGACGGACUGUCUGGGCUCUGUGCUCGAAUUGAAUGGCAUCCUGGCCGCUAUUCCACUGGCCUAUGUUCUUCCCGGACUCGCAUUCAUUCAGCUGGAGCCGCACUCCCUCUACAGCCGCGAGAAAUUGCCCGCAUUAGCCCUGGUCACCUUUGGCGUCAUCUUCACAAUUGCAGGAGUCGCUGUCCUUAUCCCUGAUCUCAGCAAUAGCGAUUGCAAGACCGAUGUUGUGAUGAGUUACUGCAGAAAUGAGUCACAAACUGUGGAGAAUGUCACUCUUCCUGCCAAACCUUAGAAUGGAUGAAGGUCAGAGGGAAUUUUAGGGAAUGGAAUUUCAUCGAUAAAAAUGGCACUAAAAGAGCUUUAAAGCAGUUUGCAAUAGAUCAAUGGAUUCCUCUGAUUUUAUGUGACGAACAUACAAAGAAAACAGGUAGAUUUACAAUCCACACAAACUUCUAACGCAACUUUGGACACUUUUAUUUUUCAAAUUUCUACACACACCAAAUCUUAUGCAAACGAGUUCUUUCCAAAAUGAGCGUAAGUAAUCAGACGAUGGAAGCUGCUUUAAGAAGAAUUUUAGACCAAAACUCAAUUUGAAAAGUUUUUGGCAAGUAGAGAAUAGAGAAUUACAUUUUGCGUGAGAAAAUCAAGGAAUUUACGAGAAAACUAAUAGGGAAAAUAUCAAAAAUCAUAUCCAAGUGUAUCAAAGAAAAUUUGAAGGACAGUAUUUUCUGAAAGGACUCAUGCAAAGUUGGGACUAUGCUUUAUUAGUACCUGGAAGUGGCAGAAAAACAUUGAAAAAAUAUUUUUGAGGUGAAUAUUUAGAGAUUGACGUGAGGAGUAUUUUGUGAGUAAUUAAAUUGGGAUCAUGAAAUGUACCAAAAGCAAAAGAAUUUGUUAAGUUUUCAAAUUUUAAUUCAAUGACAAAUAGUAAUCAAGAUUACAAAGAAAAAAAGAUCAAUGAUAAUUAUAUCUAAAAUGUAUAGUUAGAAAAAAUAGAUGAUAUUGAGAGAAAUUAUGUGAAAAGUGUUAUAAAGAAUAUAAAAUUUGUUGCAUGCUCAAAAUUAUGAAUGUGUAGAUAAAAAUGUUUUCUCCUUCUACGAAAUAUAAAACUAACUUUAGAGAGUGUCUAUUUUUUGAUAAGAAAAGACUGAUAUUUCAUUUAAACUGUAUUAUCUAUUUUUAAGGAUUAUAUUACUUCUUCAUAUAUACUUAUGUAAGUCUUUAACAAUUUAUUGAGAAGACGCACCAAUUUUUCACAC